AUGCAAGAUAGUUAUAGAAACCAUAUAAGAGAGUAUAAUAAAGAUAACCUUGAUAGUGGUAAAAGAAAAAUGAAUGAUGUUACACAUGAUUUAGAAAUAAAUGAUGUGAAUGAAAUAAGCAUGGAAGAUAAUAUAUUGAAUGAAGUUGUUAAGUUAAAAAGUGAUCUGGAAAAAGCAUUAAUAGAAAAUAAAGAAUUAAAAAAUAAAUGUAAUGAAGAUCGAGAACGAUUAGAUUUGUUGUCAUUAAAAAAUAAUUCUCUUUUAAAUGAAAUAUGUGAAGAAAAGGAGAUGUUAAAAAUAGAAUAUAAUAAUUAUAAAAUGGAAUCUGUAAAAGAUAUUAAAAGACUACAAGAUGAAUUAGAUAAAAAUGUAAUUAUGUUAAAUUGUUUAAAAGAUGAAAUAUUAUUUAAAGAAGAAGAAUUAAGAAAAGCAGAAAUUAUUGAAAGACUUUAUAAACAAGAAAGUGAAUUAAAUGAAGAAAAAGAUAUGAAAAUAAAAAAGUUAGAAAAUUUAUUAAAUCAAGAAAUAUAUUUAAAAAAUGAUAAAGAAGAAAAAGAUAAAAUUAAUCAAGAAGAAAUAAAUGAAAAAUUACAAUUACUUAAUAAUGAUUUAGAUAAAAAAAAUGAAGAAUUAAAUAUUUUAAAUAAAAAAUAUGAUAAUUUGAAAAAAACAAAUAUUGAUAUACAAAAGAAAAUAUGUUUCUUAAAAGAAGAAAUUGAUUAUUAUAAAAAUAAUGAAAAUAGUUUUAUUAUGCAGAAUAUAUUUAAUGCAGAAAAUAAUUUAGAUGAUAGUAUUUUUAAAAAGAAUUUUAUGAAAAUAUCUGUCUUAUAUAAUGUAUUAUUUAAAAUUGUUGUAUAUGAUCAAAGAAAUUUAUUUGAAAAAGAAAAAAUUCUAUAUUCUUUAGAAAAAGAAAAUACACAUUUUUUAAAAAAAAUUGUAGCAGAUGAAAUUUAUUGUUUAUAUUUAAAAGAUUGUAUUAGUAAAAUUAAUUUAACAUAUCAAAUAGAUUUACAUAAACAAGAAAAGAAAUAUAUGUUAUUAAAUUCGGAAUAUGAUGAACUUUAUAAUAAAUUCAUAGAAGAAAAAAAAGAAAAUUUAUUAUUAAAUGAAACAUAUGAUAAAAUUAUUUUUAAUCAAAAAAGUGAAAUAAAUAAAUUGAAAAGUCAUAUUUCUAUUCAAAAUAAAGAUAAAGAAAUAUUAACAAAAUAUAUUGAUAAUUACAUAACAUAUAUUGAAGAUUCAUAUCAAAAAUAUUGUAUUCUGAAUAAGGAAUAUAAAAAUUUAGAAGAAAUGCUUCAUGACCUGGAAGAAAAAAAUAAAAGUUUAAUUAUAUUAGUUAAUCGAAUGGAAGAUAAAUAUCUAAUUGAAAAUAAUAAUAAUAAUAUUAAUGAGUUACAUAUGGAUAAUAUAAAAAUAAUGAAAAAUAAUUUAAAAGAUAAAGAUAUUAAAAUUUUUGAACUGGAAAAUAAAAAUUUAGAAUUAAUCAAAACUAUUGAUAAAUUAAAUGAUGAUAUUUUAAAAAAAAAUACAAAUAAAGAAUAUAUAGAAGUUGAAUCAGGAAAAAUGAAGGAUUUGUGUUUCGAUUUAAAAGAUAUCUGUUCAAAAUUAGAAUUAGAAAUUAAAGAAAAGAAUUUUAUUAUAGAUGACUUAACAGAUAAAUUAAAUCAAUCUGAGAAAAAAAAUAAAGACAAUCAAGUUAUAUUAGAAUUAUCAGAAUUUAGAAUACAAAAUUUUAAUGAUAAUGUAAAAUAUUUUACUAGUAAAGUGAAUGAAUUAAAUGACAAAUUAACCAUCAAAGAUGAAGAAGUAACACGGUUACAUGAUUAUAAUGAAAAAAUAAAUCAAGAGAAGGAAAAUUUAUUUUAUGAAAAUGUGCAUAUUUUAGAACAGUUAAAAAAAUUACAGAUGGAAAAUGAAAAAUUGAGAAAACAAAAUGUUAUUAUAAAGAAUGAAUUAAAUAAGAAUGGUAUUCAUUUGGAUGAAGAUAAAUAUAUGGAUAAGAUAAUGUGUGAAGGAGAUGUCUACAAUAGGAAAGACAGUAUGAUGAAUCAUAUUUCUAAAGAACAAAAGGAUGAAAAUGGUAAAUAUAUAAUCACCAGUAAUAAUAAUAAUAAUGACAACAUUAAUAACAACAUUAAUGACAACAUUAAUAACAACAUUAUUAACAGUAAUAAUAAUAGUAGUAGUUCAAAUUUGUUGAUGAAUAGUAGAUCCUUUCAAUAUCAUAAAUCCCGAAAUUAUACAGACGAUGAUAAAAACGAUUUAAUCAUAAAAAUUGACAAAUUAACAGAUGAAAAUAUUUUAUUAAUUAAAGAAAAUGAAGAAGUUUUUGAUAAAUUACAAAUUGUGUCCAAUGAAAAUAUUAAAAUAAAAAAUGAAUUAAUGCAUACCAAAUCAGAUGCAGAAAAAUAUGUGUUCCAUUUAGAAUAUGAAAAAAAAGAAAAAUUAAAAUAUAAAAUGUUAUCAAUACAAAGGAAAAGACAAUCAUCCCAAAUCAAAAGAAAAUUUCAUACAAUGAUGGAAAGAGUAAAAGAUUUAGUUUCUAAUAUUAAACAAAUAGAUAAAGAAAAUAAAAGAAAUGAUAUGAAUAAUUCUUUUUUCGUUUCCUCUUCUUCUGGUUCGUCUUAUGAAAAAUUAAACCAAUCCAAUGAUGAUUUAUUAUCUGCUAAUGAAAAUACUAAUACCCAAUUAAUGUUAUCAUCAAUAGGAAAAUCUAGAAAAAGUAGGAAUAAUAAUACAAGUAUAGAUGGAAAACAUAGUUUUUAUAGUAAAUCAACUAAAGUGUUAAGAUUAUCAGAAGAUAUGAUGAAAGAUUUCAAUAUAUUCCAUGUUGACAAAAUAAAAAAGAAGAAAAAGCAAAAUAAUAUUUCUAAUGCUUUUACUAGAAAUGAAACACAAGAAAAAAUAUUAUCUGAUCAUAUUAAAAGUAAAAAAUCUAAAGCAAAGGUAGGAAAGGGUAAAAAAAUGUAUAUGAAAAUACGUAUGCACCGAUUUUCUAUAUGUAGCAAUUUCCGAAUUAAUUUAAAAAAAUAUAAGCAUGCAUAUAAAGAGCUAAAUAAUACUUUAUGUUUUUUAAAUCAAAAGAAAAAUGAUAAUUUAAAUAUGAUACAUCAUAAUAUACACUCGAAAAAUGCUAAAGGUUUAGAUACUUUUUAUUCUUUACCAAAUAGUGCUGAUUCGAAAAUAUUUGUUGAUGACGAAUUAAAUGAGAAGAAUGAGGAAUAUGAUAAGCUGGUGAACGUAGGAAAGAAACGACGAAGAAAUAUGAAAGAUAUGAAUAAUAAUUUAAAUAAUGAUAUUUUAAUAUUCGAAUCUGAAAAAAUUAUAAACGAUCUUAAUUAUAUUAAACGAAAAUAUGAUUCGAAAGUUAAAGAAACACUAAAUAUGCAGAAAAAACUAAUGAAUAAUGAAAAGGAAUUAAAUAAUACUAAUAUUAAAUAUGAGAAUUUAUUAAAUGAACAUGAUACGUUGAUAUCUGAUAUAAAAGAAAGAAGUGAAAAACUUUCCAAUAUAGAAAAAAAUUAUAAUUUGUUAUUCGAAAAAUAUAGUGAAACACAAGAUGAAAUAAAAAUGCAUGAACAAAAAACACAUGAAAUUUUUAAUGAAUGUAAUGAUUUAGUAGAAUAUAUGAAAAAGAAAGAAAAUAAAAUUAAAGAGGUUGAUGAAAAUCUUAAAAAAAUCGAAAUAAAAUAUCAAGAAGAAAAAGAGAAAAAUGAUAUUUUAACAAAAGAUAAUAUUUCAUUAAAUAAUUUAAGUUCUAAAUAUAAAGAAGAUAUAGAAUUAUAUAAUAAGAAAUUAGAAAAUAUGCAUACUGAAUUAAAAUUAAGAUUAAGUAGAAUUGAAGAAUUAGAAUUAAUUCAAAAGAAUACAGAAAAUGAAAUGUAUUAUUUAAAAUCAGCUACAUAUAAAUAUGAUAUAAAUUUAAAAGAAGCACAUGAUGAAUUAAAUCGAACUAGUGAACAUACUAUGAAAUUAGAAAAGAAAUUAAAAGAAUGUGAAUUAAGUAUUGAUGUCUAUAAAGAACAAAUUAUAAAUAGAGAUUAUAUGUUAUAUUUUGUGAAUGAUUGUUAUAAAAAAAAAGAAUAUUUUUUUAAGCAUUUAAAAAGAAGAAUUCAAGGAUUUAAUAAAGCUUUCAUAGAAUUAUUUGAAAAUAUAGAAAUGAAAGAUAUUAACAAAUUUAUGGAAUUACACCAACAUUUGGAGUUUAAUGAUAAUGAAUAUAAAAAAAAUGUUUUAACAUUUCAACUAAAUAAAAAUAAUAAUAAUUUAAAUAAUCAACACCACCAACACAACAACAAAAAUAAUAAUAAUAAUAAUAAUAAUAUAAAUCAUAAUAAUAUAAAUCAUAAUGGUAACUUUAGUAGUAAUUAUCAUAACAAUUAUUAUAAUAAUAAUUUAGAUGAUGUCAUGAAAAGUUUAGAUACCAUCGAUGAAUUAAACAUGAAAUACGAAGAAGAGAAAAAUGAAAUGCUAAACAGAAUUAAUGAAGUAGAAAAUAAAUUAAAAAUAAAAAUGAAUGAAAAUAAUUUAUUAUAUGAAAAAUAUGAAAAUAAUAUGAAAGAUAUAUUAAUAGAAAGGGAUGAAAGAGUUUCUGAUUGUUUAAUUUUAUCUGAAGAUGUGAAAAAAAAAAAUAAUGAAAUUAAUAUAUUAAUGAAAGAAUUAGAUGAGAAAAAUUUUGAAUGUAAUGAAAUACAUAUGAAAUGUAGCUUUUUAAUAAAUGAAGUAAAAAAUUUAGAAAAAUCUAAAUCUCAUUUAAAUGAUAAAUUAAAAGAUAUAGAAAUACAUCAAGAAGAACAAAUUGAAUAUUUAAAAAAAGAAAAUAAUUAUUUAAAAGAAGAUAUAUAUAAUAUUAAAAAUGUGAUACAUAAUUUAGAUGAAGAAAUUGUAAAAUUAAAAGAAACAAUACAUGAUUUAAAUGAUGAAAAAUGUUGUUAUGAAAAUGAAAUAGAAAAAUUAAGAGAUAUGUUAGAAGAAGAAAAGAAAUUUAAUGAUAUGUUAAAAGAGAAUGAACAGAAUUUUAUAAAAGAAAUAAAAGAAGCACAUUUAUAUGCUAUUAAAAAAGAAGAAGAAAUUAAUUCAUUCAAAUUAAAUUAUGAAUUGGAUGAAAAAAAAUACAUUGAUGAAAUUGAUAAAUUAAAAAAGAAAAAUGAAGAAUUUAAUAAUUCUAUAAAAAAUCAACGAAAAGUUGUCUCUGAUUUAGAAACAAAAAUGUUAGAAUAUAAUGUGUUAUUAGAUAAAAAUACAAGUAUGAAAAUGUUAGUUCAAGAUUUAGAAAAUAAAAUUGAUGAUUUAAUUAAAGAUAAUGAAAAGUUAUGUAUUGAUCUUAAAAAAGAAAAAUUAAUAAGUCAUGAAAAGGAAAAAAGUAUAUUAUCGUUAAAUGAAGAUAUAAAAUUGUGUGAACAUAAAAUUAUGGAACAUGAUACCAUUAUGCUAAAAUUAAAAGAUGAAAAAGAAAAACUUAAUCAAGAAAUCCUAAUAUUAAAUGAUAUAAAAAAAAACAAAGAUCAUAUUAUUGAAGAAUUAGAAAAUAAUUUAAGAAAAGCUGUAUUUGGUGAUAUUAAAAUUAAUGAACUAGAAAAAACGAAAUUAGAACAUAAAAUUUUUACAGAACAAGAUUUAGGAUUCAACAAUAAUGAUCAUAAUAUAAAUGAUUUAUAUAAUUCUAAAAUAUGUAUAUUUAAUAAUAGUUAUAAUACAAAAAGCAAUAAAAUGAAUAUUGAUGAAUUGAAAAAAUAUAGCUUAUAUUUGAAAGAAGAAAAUGAUUUAAUAAAACAUGAAUUAAGAAAAUUAAAAGACAAAUCAAGUAUUGAUGAACAUAAAUAUAAAGAAAUUGAACGAAGUGUUGAAAAAAGAGAUGAAAUAAUUCAUAAAAUGAAUAAUGAAAUUCUUAUGUCUAAUGAUAAAAUAAAAGAUUUAGAAAAAGGAACGAAACAACUUAAUUCGGAAUUAUAUGCUAUAAAUGAAUUGUUAGCUAUUAGAAGUGAUGAAUGUAAAGAAUUAUCUAAUGAAUUAUAUGAAUUAACAGAUGAAAAAAAUAAAUUAAUUAUACAAAAUGAAGUUUAUCAAAAACAAAUCGAAUAUUUUAAAGAACAAAUAGAUGAUAAAACACAAUUAUUAAAUGAUCUAGAUAUGAUCAAGUUACAACAAGAAAAUAAUGAAUAUGAUAAAAAUGUUCUAAUAAAUAAAUAUAAUAAAGCUUUAAAUAGAUAUUAUAAAAUUUGUUCUAAUAUUAUAUAUUAUAAGAAAUAUUUAGAAAAAGAGUUAAGUUCGAAAAAUAAUGGAACAAAUUUGAAUGAUGAUAUAUCCUCUUUGAAUAAUUCAUUCAAUAUUGAAGAUAAUAAUAAAAUGACUAUGUUUGGUGUUAAAAAUAAUAUGAAUGAUAUGAACAAUAUGAACAUUAUGAACAUUAUGAACAGUAGUAAUAAUUCUAUUAUACAUUUAGACACCAUGUGUAAUUUAAAUGAUACAAAUCAAGUUACUGAAUAUGUAAAUGAAUUUUUGAAAUGUGUUCGAUUAUUAAUAUUUAAGAAAAGGGUAUUUGAGUCCAAGUUAGAAAGUGCUGAAAAGAAAUAUAAUAAUUUUAAAGAUAAAUUAAAAGAAGAAAAAGAUGUAAUAAAUGAUUUAAAGAAAAAAUUAAGACAAAGUCAAGAAUAUCACCCAAAUUAUAAUAAUAAUAAUAAUAAUAAUAAUAGUAAUAAUUAUAAAAAUAUGGAGGAACAAGCUUAUUAUGAAAAUAAAAAGGAAGAUAGUUUUGAUAAGAAUAAUUUCUCUAUGAAUUACAAAGAAUUAAGUUCACAGAUAUUAUUAAAAGUAGCAGGUAAAAAUGAUAUGAUUGAAGAAAAUGAUUAUAUGAUUUUGAAAUAUGAAAAUGAGAAAUUAAUAGAAGAAAAUAAAUACCUAAAUGAUCAAAUAAAUAAUUUAUUUACAUUACAAAGUAGUUUUAAUAAAUUAAAUAAAAUAAAAGAGCCAGACGAGAAAGGAAAUGUUAAUAAUAAUAAUAAUCAUCACAAUGUGGAUAAUCAUUUUAAUAACAGCGCCGCAGAAUAUACAUAUCUGAAAUUUCAAGUAAAUACUAUAACUAACGAAUUAAAUAUAUAUAAAAAUAAAAAUGAAUAUUUAAUGAAAAAAGCACAAAAUUAUGAAGAUAUUAUAAAUAAUUUACAAAAAGAAAUUAUUCAUAUUAUAGAUAAACAAAAAGAAUGUGAUGAAGAAGUAUAUAAGAUGGAAAAGGAAUUAGAAAAGAAAAAUGAACAUAUCGAUAAUUUAGUAAAGAAAAGACAAAAAGAUCAAGAAAAUCUAGAUAUAGAAUAUUCUAAAGCUAUCAAAUUAGAAAAUGAAUUUUUAUCAUUAAAUGAAGAUAUAUUUAAAAAAGAUGAACAUAUUAAAGAAUAUGAAGAAUUAGUUAACAAAUUAAAUGAAGAUAUUAAAAUUCAUAUGAAAGAAAAAGACGAAUUAAAAGAAUAUGCUGAAGAUUUAAAAAAUAAAUAUGAAUUAUUUGAAAAGAAAUAUAAUAAUUUAUUACAUGAUGUUAUUGAAAAUGAAAAUGAAAAUAAAUGUGAAUAUGUGAACAAAAAUGAUUAUAUAAAUAAGAAUGAAAAAAAGAAUUCGUUAUCUACCAAUGAAAAGAAAGAAACCCAAUCAUUAAUUAAUAAAUUAAAAAAUUAUGAUGUGAUGAUAACAGAUUUAAUGAAUGAAAAAGAUAUGCUGUUAAAUAAAUAUAAUGAAUUGAAAAAUAUAUAUGAAGAAAAAAUAAAUAUAGAACAUGUGUUACAUAAUGAAAUAAAUGAAUUAAAGAAAGAAAAUGAAUACUUAAAUAAUACGAAAACAUCUUUAAAUAAACAAGUUGAUGAUUUAAUUAAAGAGAAUGAUGAAUAUAAUAAAAAAUGUAUUCAUUUAGAUAAUGAAAAAAUAGAUUUAUAUAAGAAAUUUGUCAAAGUAUCUGAGCAGUUAAAUCAUAUAAAUUCCUUAGAUAAAUAUGCAAAUAAUAAAAUGGGAGAAAUCAAAAAAUCAAGUGAUAUAAGAAAUACAUUGAAAGAAAAUGAGUUAAAUGAAAAACCAAGUGUAUCAGGAAGAAUAUCAAGUCAUACAAAUAAAUAUGAUAAAGAUGUAUCAAGUAAUAAUGUACAUCAUAUGAAUAAUAUGAGUGUGAAAUCAUUAGAAGAUCAUCAUGAUGAUAUUAUGGAAAAAAUGAAAAAUGAUAUGAACGAUUUAAGCAUAGAAAAUGAUUUACUAAAAGUAAAGAUUAACGAACUAGAACAAUUAAAUAGUAAUAUAUUUAAUGAUAAUAAAGAUUUAAUAAAUAUUAUAUCAAAUAUCGAAAAUGAUAAAAAAGGUAUUUCUGAUUCGAAGGAAAAUAAUAUGAAUAUGUUAGACAUGAAAGAUAUACAUAAUAAUUAUGAGAAUUUGUUAAUGGAAAAUAAAUUAGAAAAACAAGUAAAUGAAAAUUUGAAAUUAGAAAUAUAUAAUCUUAAAAAUAAAGUUAAUGAAUAUAAUAUGAUAAUUAAUAAAAAUUCACAUUAUGAAGAAAGUAAUAAAAGAGCAAAGAAUUAUUUAUAUUAUUUAAAUGAUAAAAUAAAAAGUUUUAUUAAAAUAUUUAGUACAACAAAUAACAUGAAUUAUGAUCAUUUGAAAUCUGAAUUGAAGAAAAUCAAAUUAAAUAAUUUAAUGAUUAUUCAAGAUAAUUUUAAUUCAUUAAAUGAUAGUACUAGUAGUAGUAAAUUAUCUAAAAGAAAUAUAUCUUCUUCCAGUAAUUAUUCUUUAGAAGAUGAUGAUGAUAAUAGUAGUAUAUGCUCAAAAAUGAUUGUAAAUUUUUUUACAUUAUAUAAAGAAGCAACAGCUAAAAAUUAUGAUAAUAUGAAAAGCUAUGAUAAUUAUAAAAAUGAUAUUGUGAUUAAUAGAAGUGAAUUACAAAAUGUGUAUAAAUAUAUAAUUAAACUAAAAGAAAAUUAUAUUAAAAAAUGUGUACUGGUAGAUAAUCAGAACAUAAUGAUUCAAGAAUUAAAUAAACAAAUAUUUACGUAUUCAGAACAAAAUAAAAAAUAUCAUGAUGAACAAAAUGAAUGGAAAAAUAAAGUAAAUGAUAUAAUAAAUGAGAAUUUAAUAAAGAUGGAAUCUUUUUCAAAAAUACAUAACAAUUUAUUAAAUAAACUUGAAGAAGAAAUAAAUAAAAAUAAUAAAUUAUCAAAUGAAUUAUAUAUCCAAAAUGAACAAAAUAAAUUGUAUCAAGAAAAUGAAAUGAAAAUUGAAAAUGCAUUAAACAGAAAUAAUCAAAUAGAUAAUAUGGAUAAAGAAUCAAAUAGUAAUUUAAAGAAAAUAUCUAUCUUAUUAGAUGAGUAUAAAGAAAUUAUUGAAACCAAUUCAAAAUUAUUAAUAAGAAAUAAUAAUAUUUUGUUAGAAAAUAAUACAUUAAAAGAUAUUAUUGGUAAAAUGGAUAAGGAUAUAAAUAAAUUAAAUUAUCAAUUAAAAGAAAAAAAUAUUUUAAUUGAAGACAAAAAAAAAAAAGCAAAUAUAAAUCCUAAGGAAUUAAAAAAUAAAUAUACAAAUAUAAAUCAUAACCAAGGAAAUACUCUAAAUAAUAUAAACCAUAAAUUAAAUGAUAGAGAUGAGGAAAACAGUACAACAAAUAUUUUAAAUGAUAACAAAAAAGAUAAGAAUAAUGAUGAACGUAUAAAUGAAUAUGAAGAAAUCAUUUUAAUUAUUGAGAAAAAAAAUAAUGAAUUAGAAAAUAAUUGUCAAAAUUUAAAAAAAUCAAAUAGUGAAGUAUAUAAUAAGUAUAAUAAAUUAGUAUAUGAAUAUGAUUCAUUAAAAAAAUUUAUAAAAGAGAAGGUAAAGAAUAAUGAAUAUAUAGAUAUUGAUUUAAGUCAAUUUGAACAACAUAUCAAAAAAGACAUAUAUGAAAAAUUUGGAGAGAAAAAUAAUAAUAGUCAAAAUGAAUUAAGCAAUAUAAAUAAAGAUGUUAUUUUACCAUCUCUUAUAUCAUUUAAUCGUUAUGAUAUAAUGAAAAUAUCUGAUCGUGUGAAUUCUAUAGAACUAUUAAAUGAUGAUUUGUUGAAUAAUAAGGAAUUAAAAGUAUAUAUAAGUUUAAUAAAAAGGGACAUUGAAAAUAUGUUAAAUGAACACAAUUAUCAUAAUGAUCACAAUUAUCAUAAUCAUGGUAGUGGAUCUAUUCCAUAUGAGGAUAAUAACAUUUCAAAAAUAAAUAAAGACGAUUUAAUAGAAAAAUUAAAACAAAAAGAUUCGGAAAUUAAAGAAUAUGAAAAUAAACUUGAUAAUAUGAAUAUAUACGUUAAUAAAAAAGAAAGAGAAAUCGAGAAAUUAAAAGAAAUAUAUGGUGAUCCAUUUUCUAUUAAUAAAAAUUCAUAUAUAAGUAAUUCAAAUAAUAAUGAUAACAAAAGAAAUAGUACUAACAUAUCAGAGAAACAUUUCCAAAUAAAAGAAGAGUAUAAAGAAUUAUUAAACGAAUACAAAUUUUCCUUAAACUUAUUAAAUGAUACCAAAAACAAAUUAGACACACUCAAAAGAGAAAAGAAGGAUAUGGAAAAAUUAAAGGAAUUACAAAUUCAAGAUAAAGAUUAUAUUAUACAAAAUUUAAAAGGAAUAAAUAGGGAAUUAGAAAAUAAUUUAAAUGAAAUAAAAAAAUCAUUCAAUGAAAAAAUAUUAGAAAAAGAAAAUAUUAUAGAAAAGAAUAAUGAUUUAAUAAAUAAUUUAAAUGAAGAAAUUAUUGUUUUGAAAUCUAUUAAAAUAAAAAAUAAUAAUUUUAUUAAAGAAUUGGAAUUACAAAUAAAGAAUUUAAAUAAUGAAAUCAAUACAUUAAAUGAUAUGUUAAAAGAUUCGGAAGAAGAAAUUAUCAUUCUUAACCAUACCUUAGAAGAAAAACAAAACGAAUGUGUAAAAUUACGUAAUAAAUUAGAACAGAAUUAUUUACAUAUAUCAAAUGAGGAUAAAUAUGAUAAAUCACCAGGUUCAUAUAAUAAUAAUAAUAAUAAUAAUAGUGAUGAUGAAAUAAAUGAAACUCGCAGGAGACAGGAAAACCAAAUUGAUGAUUUAAAAAGAAAAAGUGUAUUACAAAGUAAUGAACAAUAUAAAAAAAUGAAUGAAUUAAGAAGAGAUUUAAACAAUUCUUUUUCAAGUUAUAACAAACUAAAAUUUGAUAGUGAAAAACAAAUCGAAGAUUUUAAAGAAGAGGCAAAUAAUUUAAAAUUCUACAUUAACAAAAUCGAAGAAGAAAAUAAAAAAAAAGAAGAAAAACAUGCAUUAAUAGAAGUAGCCAUAAAAGAAAUGGAUAAAGAAAUAAAUAUAUUAAAAACUCAACUUGAAGAAAAAAAUGUUUUUAUAAAUGAUAUACAAAAUACCUUGGAAGAAAAAAAGAAGACUCUUGAAUAUUUAGAAGAAGAUAUUAAAAUUGUACAACAUAUUAUAAUGAAAUAUGUACAAAAAUUAAAUUCUCUUAAAGAUAUCGAACAAUUAAUUGAUGAAUUAAAUGAAAACGAAUUAAAAACAAACGAAUUAAAAACAAACGAAUUAAAAACAAACGAAUAUUUCACAUUUAUAAAAGAUAUUUUUAUAAGUAUUCAUCAGAAUUAUAUGAAAGAAGAAUUAAACAGAAAAGAACAAAUGAUUAUAAAUGGACAAGGGUUAAUUAAAGAAAAUGAAGUAAUACAAUUAGAAGAAAAAUUAAAAGAAUUAACACUAGACAAAAAUAGAUAUGAUAAAGAUAUUAAAAAUCAGAAAGAUGAAUUACGUCAUAUAAUUGAUAGAAAGGAUUCUUAUGAAGAGGAAUUAAAUCAUAUUAUAAACGAAUUAGAAAUAAAAAGAGAAGAAAUUAAUCAAAUGAAUAAUAAAUUGAAUGAAUUAAAAAAUAUUCAAAAUGAAAAUAAACGUAAAGUUGAAGAUAUAAAAACUAAAGAAGGAGAUUUAAAAUAUAAAGAAGAAGAAUUAAAAUAUCGGGAAGAGAAUUUAAAACAUAAAGAAGAAGAAUUAUUAAUUAAAAAUGAAAAUUAUAUGAAUAAAGAAAAAGAACUUAUGAAAAGUAAAGAAGAGUUAAUUGUUCGAGAAAAUGAUUUAAUAAAAAAUAAAGAAGAUUUAAUAGAUAAAACAAAUGAAUUGAUGUUGAAAAGAGAAGAAUUACAAAAGGAUAAAAUACAUAUUGAUGAAUUAAAAAAUGAUUUAAUGUUAAAAUUUGAGAAAUUAUAUAAUGCACAAAAUGAUAUUAAAGUUAAAGAAACGAAAUUGAAAAAAAUAUAUGAAAAAUUAAAAGAUCAUAAUAUAAUUGAAUUGUUUGAUAUAAAUAAUAGGGAUGACAAUAGUAAUAUAAAAAACCAUACUUCAAAUAAUAUAAAUAGUGAUAUAAAUAAUGAUAUAAAAAACAAUACUACAAAUAAUAUAAAUAAUAUUAAUAAUAUUAACAAUAUUAACAAUCGGUUAUCAUUAAAAAGGUUGGGAAUACUUUUAGGACUUGAUGAAAUAGGAGAUGAAAAUGAACUUGAUUUUCAUUUUGAUAAAGAAAAUGAAAGUUUAAAUUUAGACUCUCUUGAAUAUACAACAUAUUUUAACGAAUUCAAAAAGAGAAUUAAAAAUUUAAAAAACAAUUUAUUAAACAGAGAAAAGGAUGUUGAAAUAUACAAAAAGUCUUACGAAAUAGAAAAGAAAGAAAAAGAAAUUUACAAAAUCGAAUUAGAGAAAUUAAAUGAAUUAUUACACGUAGAACAAAUGAAUAGGAAAAAUCUAGAUUUAGAAUUAGAGAAAUAUAAAAGUGAAGAUACUCAUAUUGUAAAAUCCUUAAGAGAAUCUGAAGAAUUAUUAAAUGAAAAAAAUAAUAAAAUAUUAGAAUUACAACAAAAACUAAUUGAGACAUCAUAUGAAAUAAAUAUUAUGAUCGAUAAAAAUAAAAAUUUGAUAAAGGAAAAAGAUAAAGAUUAUGAACAGAAAAUUGAUAAUUUGAAUUCUAUUAUUAAUGAUUAUGAAAAAGAAAUAAAAGAAAUGAAUAAAGAAAAAUUAAAACUUACCAGAAAAUCUAUUGAAAAAAUGAUUGAUGAUGGAGAAGAUAUUAAAAAAUUGAAAAUCGAUUUGGAUGAAGCACAAGAAUUAAUAUUAGAUUUAAAAGAAAAGAAUGAAGAAUUAAAUAAUAUAAAUAUUGGAUUAAUAAAUUCUAAUAAAGAUAUGAGGUUAGAUAUUGAUGUAUUACUAUCAAAUGUUGACAAUUUGAAUAAAGAAAACAUAUUAAGUGAAAAGAAAAUGAAUGAAGAUGAACAAAAAUAUAAUGAAUUAAAGAUGGCAUAUGAUCAAAAAGUACAUGAGUUUAAUAAAUUAUAUAAUAUGCUUUCCAUAAAAAUGAAAAACAAAUUUGAUUCAGAAAAUGAUAUGGCACAAACUUAUACAAAUGAUAAUGUUAAUAUGCAAAAAUCAAGAAAUAGUAUAAAUAAUAAGUAUGGUAUGAAUGAUUAUGAAAAUGAUACGAUAAUUGCUUUAAACGAAAAGAACAUGAUAAUUGAAUCUUUGAAUGAAAAAAUUGCACAUUAUGAAGAAGAAAAUUAUAAAAAAGAAGAACUCGUUAAUAAGUAUAAAAAUAUGAUAAACGAAUUAUCAAACAAGAUACACAUUUUUGAAGAUAAUUUAGAUUUUUUAAUAAGUUUGAAUGAAUUUAUAAAAACGAAUAAUUUUACUUAUGAAAAUAUAUUAGAUAUAUUAAAUAAUUCAAUUUUAUAUAAAAAAGUAUUAAGUAAAAUCUUGGUUGAAAAUCAAUUUUAUAAAUAUAUUAUAUCUAUUAGAGAUUGGUUAUUUGAAAUUAUAAAAUCAAAAAGUUAUAGUAAUAGUAAUAAUUAUAACAAUAAUAAUAACAAUAUUAGUAAUAAUAGUAAUACGAGAGAAUCUGUAUUACGAAUGAGUUUAAGGAAGAAAGGUAAUUUUAAAAGAACAGCAAGUGUAACAUCGAAUAUUUAUAAUGAUUUGUUUUUAAGCGAAAAUGUUUUGUCAGCUGAAAAGGAGAAUGAUGAAAUAAUGAAUAGUUUUAAUAAAAACUUUAAAGUUAUUGAGGAUGAUUUUAACAGUUUUGAAAAUAUAUGUAUUGAAUUAAAUAAUUUGUUUAUAGAGGAAGAUUGGAAUAAUAUAUUUAUAAAAUUAAACAUUUUAGAAAAUCAAUUUAAAAAUAUUAUAAAUUUAAUUAUACAUGAAAUGAAGAAAAUAAAUAAGAAAUUAAAUAAUAAUAAUAAUGAAAAAUUGGAAUUAAAGAAGAGUGUAAAAAUAUUGAAGAAAAGAUUAAAUUCAAUAUCUAAUGAUCUUGAAAAGCGUACAGAAGAAGUAGAACAUUUAAAUAUUGCCUUAACCAAGGAAUGUGCAGAAAAGGAUAUAUUAUUAAAUCAAUAUGAAGAUAUAAAAAAAACUUAUAAACAAUUAAAUGAACAAUAUAAUGAACAAAUUAUAUUAAUUCAAAAGAAUGAAUAUGAACUAAAAUCCUUAAAUGAUCAAUUAUUGUUAGAAAAAAAUGAAAAUCAAAUAAAAACAGAAAAAAUUAAUAAAUUAUUAAAUAGUGACUUGAACCAUUUCAAUACUUCAUUAGACAAAUCUGCAUAUCAAUUAUCUGAAUUAAACAAUGAAAAGAAAAAGAAUAAAAUAUUAUUGAAUGAAUUAGAGGAAAAAGAAAAAAUCAUUUCACAUUUACAAAAGGAUUUUGAAUCGAAUGUUGAAGUUAUUAAUGAGUUGAAAGAAUUUAACGAAAUGUUAAUUAACAAAUUGAAAAAAGAAGAAUAUAAAAAGGAGAAAGACAACAAUGUGUAUGAUAAAAUUAGUGACCAUAAUUAUAGUAAUAAUAAUGAUAAUAAUAGUAAUAAUAAUAUUAGUAAUCGUAAUAGCCAUAGCAACAACAACAACAACAACAACAACAAUAAUAAUAAUAAUAAUAAUAAUAGUUGGAAUAGUAAUAUGAAGUCUUUCCAUAAAUGUGAUAUACCUAAUAAUGAACAUUUAGAAGAUAUAAAUAGAAACGAAUUAAUGAUAAUAAUAAGCAAAUUAGAAAAUGAAAAUAAUAUCUUAAAAGAAGAAUUAGAAAUUAUAAGAAAUAAUUUUCAUAUAUUAAAAGAAAAGAAAAAUGAACUUGAAGAUAUUAUUAAUAGUCACGAUGUAACAUUAAAUAAAAGAGAAAUCGAACUUAAUGAUAUUCUGAUAGAGAAAGAGAAAAUAUUAGAACAGACCAAUAAAUAUAAAAUUAAAUGUAUACAAAUUAUUGAUAUAUGUUUUAAUCAAGAUUUUAAUAUAAUAGAUAUUCGUGAAAAAAUUAUAACCAUAUUUGAGAAUGAUGAUGAACAAAUUAUGGAUAUAAUUAAUUGUCACAAAAAUAUGUUAUCUAAUAGUAAUAGUAAUAGUAAUAGCAAUAGUAAUAAUAAUAAUAAUAAUAAUAAUAAUAAUAAUAAGUUAAACAUAUUACAGGAUGAAGAAUCUAGGAGUAAUAUUGAUGAAGAAAAAAUAUUACACAUGGAAGAAAUGAGUAAAAAAAAUGAAGAAUUAAUCAAAAAAAAUGAAGAAAUAUGGAAAUUAAACAAAUUUAUAGAAAAUUUAAAUAAAGAAAUUACAAAUAAAAAUUUUAUUAUUAUUUCAAAUCAACAAGAUAUUGAAAAUAAAAAUGAUAUAUUAGAAAAAAAUGAAACAUAUAUUAAUUUCUUAAAAGAUCAAAUUAAAUUAUUAUGUAAUAAUAUAGAUGAAAAUAAUUUAUUCGAUAUAAAUAAUGUUAAUUUAUCUCCAACUCUUCGAAGUUUUAUUAAAAGAAAUAGUGUCCGUCCAAAAAAUGCCUAUUCAUCAAAUAAUAAUAAAGAGGAUCCAUUUUUUGAUGAUAUGAUAUAUAAUCAUAUGAAUAGUAUAAAUAAUAUAAUUAAUGAUCAAGAUUCACAAUUAAAAAAGAAAAGAAUUUCUGAAGCUAAUAGUACUAGCCAAGCACAUUAUAAUUUUUAUGAUGAAAAUGAAGUAAAACUAGAAGAAAUGAAUUUAAAAAUUGAAGAUUUAAAUGAUAAAUUAAAAACGUCUGAGAAUAAGAUAGUGAUGUUAAAAAAUGAAAAUAAUGAAUUAAUAGAAAGAUGUGAAUUUUUAAAAAAUGAAUUAAAAAAUGUACAAGGAACCAAAAGACAUUUAAUGUUAUGUGAGAGUAGAAUUAAUAUAUUAGAAAAAGAAUUAGAAGAUAAAAAAAAUAAAUUAGAAGCACAGAAUCAAACUGUUAAUGAAUGUGUUGAUAUAUAUGUUGAAGAAAAUUCAGAAAAUUAUAAUAAAAUUUUAGAAUUAAAAAAAUUAAAUGAAAAAUAUAAAAUUGAAAUUAAUGUUUUAAAUGAUGAAAUAACAAAACUAAAAAAUGAAAUCAAUACAUAUAAAAAUGAUUUAAAAAACAUUAAUGCUACACUAGAUUUUUAUAAAUCUACACAUGAUGAAUUAGUAAAUGAAUUUAGUAAAGAAGAAAUAAAUAAUGUAUAUUAUAUUAAAUUGUGUGAACAACUAAAACAAGAAAAUCAAAAUUUUAAACAACUUUUAGAUUCUCACGAAGAAAAUAAAAAUGAACUUUUAAAUAAUAUGAAACAAAUAAAAGAACAAUUAAAUAACUGUAUUAAAGAAAAUUAUGAAAUUAUUUUAGAUUUAGAAUUAUUGCAAAUGCAAAAUAAUUUAUUAAAAGAUAAUUGUAAUUAUUAUAAAGAAAGGGAACAUAUUUUAAUAAAUAAAUUAGAUCAGAAUAAUAAUAUAAAAAAUCUGAAAAUUGACGAAAAUAUUAAUGAAAAAAAUAUAAAAGAAUUUAUAAAUAAAUUAAAUCAACAAAUUAAUCAUUUACAAGAUGAUAUAAAUAGCAAAUCCGACAAUAUCAUAUCAUUGAAAUAUCAAAUUAAAGCAUUUCAUUAUGAACAAAUAUCAAAAGAAAAUAAUCAACCAUAUAAACAAAAUGAUAAUACAAUUCAAGAAAUUGUAAAUCUCAAUAAUAUUACAUAUAUACAAAAUAAUUUGUUUAUCUAUAUUAGUUUAUUUAAAAGUGUUCUUUUUAUUAUAAGUGAAAUACUCUUUUUUAUUGACCCAACAAAUAAUUUAUACUUUGAAAUAUUAACACUUUUAAAAUUAAAAGCUCAAAAUCAAUCCUACGUAGAAUUUGAUACUAUGAUAAAACAUGUGGAUAUUUCCCAGCAUGACUGUGAAAAUAUAUUUCAAUCUGUCCUUAAAUCGAAGACUAUAUUAAGAGAAAAAUUGCAACUAUUACAAUUAAAAAUUUGUUAA